AUGGAAGAUCAAGGCACACUGGAAAUGUCUAAUUCCUUUCAACUUUUUCAACAAUUCCUAUCCAACCAAGACCAAAUAAAUCAGUAUCUUGCUUCUUCAAUGCAACAAACAAAUACCCACCUACAAAUGUUAUACAUGGGAACAACAACCAACAGCGAAAACAUUCUUACAUGGUUGCUCCAAGUCGAUCACCUUUUCAAGGCAAGAAAAGUUGAUGAUGAUGAAUGGUUACAGUAUAUGAUCAUAGAACUCCAAGAUGCAGCAUUGCAAUGGUACCUAAACCAGGUACAAGCUGAUAAAAGUCACCAACCAUUUGCAAGUUGGGAAUCUUUUGCUGCUGGAAUCAAAGAUGCAUUUCAACCGCCUCAUUACUAA